AAAAAAUGUUUCAGAUACACAAAUUCCUUCAGAGCAGUCGUGGACGUGGACCAGGCUCUCCGCUCUUCCUCCCUCAGAGACUUUGAAGAAACUCUGUUCUGCUCUUCAGCCCAGGAUCAGCACCAAUUAACAAAUAAUUUAAACUCGAGACUGAACCCACGUCCUCAUCACACUUGGGAUGUGGCGCCCUCGGCAGCGUGGAUGCUGGGCGAAAGGGCUUUCCCGGCUAAGGACUGGGACGGCUACUGGGAGAGGAAUGAACCACUAAGGGAUGCAGAUGAGGUGGACGUGCCGGUGCUCUGUAUCUGCAGCAGUGACGACCCUCUUCUCCCGCAUGUCAACACUUUACCCAUCCCUCAUUUCCAGAGCAACCCUUACUUCUUUCUGGCGUUGAUGGAUAGAGGAGGGCACUGUGGAUUCACCAUUGAAGACCAAGAAAAGAUGAAGGGAGAGAGCAAUAAUGAGGAGGUGGGUGGAGGUUUCUGGAGUCACACUGCUGUUCUGGAGUAUUUCAGAGUAGUGGCUGAUUUCCUAAAAGGUGAGGAGAGGAUUUGGGUGAGCUGGGGUGAUGCACAGGGAGAAUAUGCUGGUCAGGCUGGGCAGAGGAACAGGACCAGUGGCCCGGCCCCUCCUCGCAGAAGGAGAGCCUCGGUUAUGAGGAGACCAAGACCACAGGAGACUGGAUCCAGCAACCAAGAUGCUGUGGAAUGGACCUUCACCUGGAAGAGGUCCUAUACAUGCUGA